CGCUUGGAGAGUCACAGCAGCAGGGGCACACACGGGAGCACGAUGGAGUUUUGCUCACUGGCCUUACUUGCUUUUUUGUCCUCUUUUUACAAGGUGUUGGCGCUGCGCCCUCAAGGUGUGUGCCUCCUCCAAGUGGACGAGGGUCCCUGCAGAGCCGAAAUGGGACGUUAUUACUACAACACCAUCAGUCAAAAGUGCGAGCUUUUCUACUACGGAGGGUGCCAAGGCAACGCCAACAACUUCAGGACUUAUCACGAGUGCCACAAAACCUGCUUUAGAAUACCAAAGAUCCCUCAGAAGUGUAGGUUUCCCAUGGAGGAGGGGCCCUGCCGAGCCCUCUUCAGCCGCUAUUUCUUCAACAUGACCACCAUGCGGUGCGAGCUUUUUUACUACGGCGGCUGCCAGGGCAAUGAUAACCGCUUCCCAGAUUUGGCUUCCUGCAAAGAGUACUGCAGCCCACGAAAAACGGUUCCUGUGCUGUGCCUGGACCCUCUGGACAAAGGCAAAUGUUCCGCCUCCAUACCGCGCUACUACUACAACAAGACCACCAAGAUGUGUGAGGAGUUCAUGUACUCAGGGUGCGGCGGGAGCAGCAACAAUUUCGUCUCCAGGCACAGCUGCAUGGACGUGUGUGUUAAAGGAGGGAAAAAGAGAACUGGCCGAGACAAAAUACGUCGCUUGAGACGAAAUCGCAUCACUUUCUUGCAAGCAUAGACUUAAUGAGAGAAUAUCCCUCGGAUUGAUGUUACACAGUACACACACAUUUCUCUAUUUUGAUUACGACUGCAACAUGUUUCUGUUGUAUUUUUGAGACUGUAUUUAAUGUAUGUUUUAUAUGACUGUAAUUGUCUGAAGCACAAUUUUGUAUAAAUAUUAUCUAUUUUAUAAAGUAUUUUUUUUCAA